AUAGAUCCACAUUCGUCCGUGCACGGUAAAACGCGACCUUGGCAACAUCAAUUUAACGAUCACACAACCACCACCAACAACAACGUAACAGAGAUUAAGAAAAUGACAACCCAAACACAUCCCAAUCCAGAUCCACUGUAAACCCAAGUCAACCUCUCUCUAUCUCUCUGUGAAAUCCCCAAACUACCCCUCCGCUGUUCUUCACCCCAUCCAUCGAACCCCGCUCUUCUCUCUCUCUCUCUCUCUAACCAAGCUUCGCAAUCGUCAAUGGAAGACUCUGAGUCUGAGUCUCUGAGCUCUCUUCACAAGGAAGAAAGUCGCGUGAUUCACAGCUCUGAUCACACGAGAGAUGCGAAUUCUGGAUCCAGCUCCGGCAGGUACAAACUCAUGUCUCCGGCCAAACUCCCGAUCUCUAGGUCUCCGUGCAUGACAAUCCCUCCCGGACUCAGUCCGACUUCGUUUCUUGACUCCCCUGUUCUUCUCUCUAACAUGAAGGCAGAACCUUCUCCAACUACAGGUUCAUUUUUUAAGCCUCAAUUGAUGCAUUGGACUGGGGGUACCUCUGGUUUUUCAUUGGCUACAAAUAGCUCCAAUAGUGAUACGAUCGAUGAAAUAAAAAACGGCUGUUUUGAGUUUAAACCCCAUGCUGGAUCUGAUGUUUCAAGGUUACCUGCAGUGACACCCAUGACCUCCACAGGCAUGGACAACCAAAAAAAUGAACCAUUUGAGCGAGCUCAAGUUCAAUGCCAGUCUCAAUCAUUUGCAUCAUUGUCAUCUGUUAUAAGCGAGAUGGCAUCCUCCUCGAAAGAAUUGAAUGUACCUGAACCUGUUCAUAUGUUUGCUUCAAGAGCUACUGUACCUGCUGGAGUUGAUUCUGAUGAAUUAAACAAGGUUCAAGCAUCGCAAUCUGAUCAUAAAGAUAUUGGGCCUUCAGUUACUCCUGAGAGAUCAUCUGAUGAUGGAUAUAACUGGCGAAAAUAUGGGCAGAAACUUGUGAAAGGAAGUGAAUUUCCACGAAGCUAUUACAAAUGUACACAUACUAACUGUGAGGUGAAGAAGAUUUUCGAACGCUCUCCCAGUGGUCAAAUAACAGAGAUUGUGUAUAAGGGUACACAUGAUCAUCCCAAGCCUCAACUGGCCCGUCGAUAUACUGCUGGUUCCAUUAUGUCCGUCCAAGAGAAAACUGAUAAUAUUGAGCCAUAUGGCACUCCUGAGCUAUCUCCUCGUGGAACAAAUGAUGACAGUGUAGAGGGUGGAGCUUCCCAGUUGAACUGCACUAAUGAUGAGGUUGAUGAAGAUGACCCAUUUUCAAAGCGGAGGAAGUUAGAUGGUGUUGAUAUUGAUGUCAUACAGGUCGUUAAGCCAAUUCGUGAACCGCGUGUUGUUGUUCAAACUGUGAGUGAGGUUGAUAUACUGGAUGAUGGGUAUCGAUGGCGUAAAUAUGGUCAGAAAGUGGUGAGGGGCAAUCCUAAUCCGAGGAGUUAUUACAAGUGCACAAAUGCUGGAUGCCUGGUUAGGAAACACGUGGAAAGGGCAUCCCACGAUCCCAAAGCUGUCAUAACUACAUACGAGGGAAAACACAAUCAUGACGUACCUACUGCAAGAACUAGUAGCCAUGACAUGGCAGGACCUGCAACUGUGAAUGGAAUGUCGAGGGUUAGAUCAGAACAGAGUGAUUCAAUCAGCCUUGAUCUUGGGGUGGGGAUUAACUCUAGUGCUGAAAAUAGAUCAAAUGAGCACCAGCAAAUACUGGAUGCUGAACCUUGGCAAAACCAUGCGAAUGGUAACGGCUCCAACUUUAAGGUAGUUCGAGUAACCCCAGUUUCAUCAUACUAUGGUGUUCCAAAUUUAGGUCAUAGCUUUCAGACUCCACCUUUAAAUCAUUCUUCUAACCCAUAUCCACAAAACUUGGAAAGGAUACUUUUGGGCCCGUAGAAUUGUUUUGUGAACAGAAGAAAGAAUAAAAUCAAAUGAUGUGGAUUUUCUCCAUUGGUGGCUUGGAGGUGAAAGGCUAAAGGGCAAAUACGACCGAUCAUUUUCUUCCUGUUAAGUGUUGCUUAUACGACAUUAAUUGCUCUUGCCUGAAAUGGUUUGUACAAAUGUGCAAUUUUAGUACAUAUACAUUUCUGACCAACAGAUGUAUUGUAACUGAGACCGGUGCUUGAAAAGGAAAGUAUUUUGCAGGAAUUUACUUUCAUGUCUGAAUCACUGAUUGAUUGGUCAGGUCAAUGUUUUAUUGAAAAUAAUGUAUUAAUUGUGUCCGAAUUAUUGUACUUUGUAUUUUUUGAUCUCAUAUACUGAGGUUCAUAUAAGGUGCGAACGGGUUUGACAGCCGGAGAGACUCACCGGUGAUGAACUUCUUUUUCCAUCUGAAUGUUAUUGGUUCAAAGAAA